UAAAUACAUCCAGGGCUCACACAGUUGUUACAGCAUGAGCCUACAGGUCCUGAGCAAGAAGCUGUCCUCGUGCGCCGUGACACCCACCCUCGCGCGUGCCAUCAGCACCGAGACCUACUCGGCCACACAGUCAGCGCUGGGUCGCCCUAUCUCGCCCCACGUGGAGAUCUACAAGUUCCCCGUGACGGCCGUCUCGUCGGUCGCAAACCGUUUCUCGGCCAUGGGUAUGUCCGCCGCCUUCGUAGGUGGCAGCGCUCUGGGCUUCGUUGGUGCCGACGUGCCUGCUCUCAUUUACAUGGCGCAGGACUCUAUUCCGUUCUUCGCUCCGAUCUCCAAGGCCCUCGUGGCCUUCCCCGUCAGCUACCACGUGCUUUGCGGAGCUCGCCACAGCCUCUGGACGUACAAGCCUGAGCUCAUCAACAAUGCGGAUGGACCCACCAGCAGCUACGCUAUCUUCGCCGCCUCGGCCCUCAUCACUCUGGGUGCUGCUGCCUACACGAUCAAGGCGCCUGAGGAGAAGAAGGCCGACCAGUAAUUUGCCCACCUUAGUGUCUUUGUAGUUGUUCGCACGCCUACGAACGGAGUGAACGAUCACCCCGCUAAUCGCUCUGGGCAACUGGUUGAAAACUGGCCGACGACGCGCUUGUGCUGCAGGGAAGAGGGUUUGGCGGGAGAAUUGGCGUUGUCAUCGUGGACGGUGGUGGACUGCAGACUUGAUGCUCUAGUGAGAAAAAAGAACACGAUAAAAAUGAAAUCAAUCUAAGACCAAAUGUCGCUGUG